CCAGUCAUCCAUGCUGUCAACUCCUUGCUGCAAUUGAUGUCGAGAACCAAGACCUUCCCUUUUUUCUUCCUAUUUAACGACGACUUUGACUACAACAUUAAACAUGCAAACUUUUUCUGUGCAGUAUCAUGAGAUAUGCUGAAAUGUAGAUGCUAUACAUAUACAAUUUGUAUGGUUUUGUUAUAGGCUUUGAAAGAAGGCAUUUCCUGCUUCUACCAAGUUAUAUGCAAGAGGUACUGCAUUAUUUAUUUUCAUGUAAUUAUAAUUCAAAUACUAUAAUUUCAAAUAUCUCUGUGGAUAUGGACCCUGUUGCAGGACAUCUCCCUGGUGAUUAUAGGUGGUGAACUGAGUGUCAAGCAUGACAUGGGUGACAAGAAUGACAUGUGCUCACCUCUCCCCCUGGAGGACCUCUCACGCUUCGCCAAUGACCCCAAGCAGCUGGGCACCUACCCUGAUGUGACGGUGCCAUGCCACGACCGGCUCACCCUUGAGUCAACGCUCAGUGACCUCGAUGGCACCACCUCUCACAAAGGCAGCUCCUUCAAAAUCCUUGACCCUAAUCGUGAAUACCACGUGGGCGAUGUCUUAACAGUGCAUGUCCAAACAAAAGACUACAGGGGCAGAGCGAAGGGCCACGGUGGAGACUUCCUCAUCGGCCGUGUAUUCAGUGAAAAGAGGAUGUCAUCCGCGAUAGGCGUUCUGGAAGAUCAUUCCAAUGGCACCUACACGCUCUCGUUUGUCCUACGCUGGCCUGGAGUGACAAACGUUGAUGUGCUGUUUGUACACUCGAGCGAGGCAGUAGCUGCGCUUGAGGUGGUGCGUGAGGCCUUUCCUGUAAAGAUUCAAUUUUGGGGAAUUUUUGGGGUGAAUAAGGCCAGCCAGGAGACGAUGGAGUGUGGGGCACGGUUACUGACCAAAGGCCGUAAGCUGUGUAACCUCACAGAACCGGUACUUGGUGAGCCCUGGCUUUGUUACGAGCCACAGCAUGUACCCUGUACCUCCCUGCAGUGGUUCUUCUCCAACAACACUGUCUACAGCUUGAGCAAAGAGCAUGAAGAACUCUUCACAAGAAACCGUUCAUUAUUAUUGACCUCAUCACGAUCAGCUUCAUAUACCUUGAGGCAUUGUAGGUGUGCACGUUUGAGCAUGCUCGCUCUCUACAUCGACCCUGUUUGCCUGCCAGCUGUGCAGGAACAUCUGCUACCUGUGUGCGGUGGAAUCCAGAAAGACAAGAGCAAGGCUGAUGCUUUUCGGGCCAACGAGUUGAAGAGCAGAGUGCUACAGCUUGGGUAUUACCUGAAUAGGGAGUGGCAACCGGCCAACUGCAAAGGACGCAGGUUUCUCAAAGCCGAACAGGUCACCGCAUGUCUCCGCAGACGCAACAUCUACCUCUUGGGCGACUCCACCGUGCGUCAAUGGUACAACAUACUAGUGGACUCGGCCAUGCCCACCCUGAAGCAGUUGAACUUGCACAUUCCAACAAUUCACCAACCUGGACUCGCCGUGGACCCCCAAAACGACAUCUUGCUACGCUAUAUUCCGCAUGGUUACCCAUACUUCUGUUCCCAGUUGCAGCGUGUCAAGGACUUUCGCCAUGUAGCGCUUGAGGUGGAUGCCAUCUCCGGUGGGCCAAUGACGGCUGUGGCAGUGUCGCUGGGGGCCCACUUUGUGCCGUUCCCCUUGGUCGACGCUUCCCGGCGGUUACUGAACGUGCGCGCCGCGAUUUUACGACUGAUCGCACGCAGUCCACAGACGACCAUUGUCAUCAAGACCAUCAAUAUGCGCGAGACGGACAUCAACCUUGCCAGUUUCAGCAACUGGCUGGCAUUCCGCAUUUGGGCGUUGACACAACGUGUGUUUAUGGACCUCCCCGUUGUGAUAAUUGACGCAUGGGAAAUGACGGCAUCACUCAAUAGCUAUAAUCUACACCCGGCAGAGUGGAUCGUGCACAACGAGGUGGAUCUCUUCCUGGCACACGUGUGUCCAACAUAGUAGCGCUUGAACCGACACGACAGCUUCUUGUCUUUCCUCAUUACUUUAUUUCGUGUAUUUCGCUCAACACUCCUCCAUCGAACAUCGCUCAACGUUCCUCCCGCUAACACCGAUCCACAGUUCUCCUCCACGCUCUCCGCUCGCUCGCUGCGUUCCGCCGGCCUCACUCGCUCCCCUUCACUCCUCCGUCGACUCUCCUCUCCACUCUCUCCGCCACAGUUCGGCUGCUCUUUAUCAGCUCCGCCGUCCCACUCCGUCGUAACUACAUCAGCUUCUCUUCCCACACUCCAGCCGCUUCCUACUGGCUUGGUCGUCUCACUGUUACUCUACACUUCUCCACUGCUACCCUACACUUCUCCACUGCUACCCUAUACUGUUACUAGCUCUGCUGCUCUGACUCUUCCAUCCUCUGUCUCCUCCCAGGCGCGAACUCGCUUCUCCUCCGAAAACCCCUGUCUUUACCCCCGAGCCAAUUAAUUCCCAAUUAAUCAGGGGCAUCCCCUGCGACGCCACUCGCCCCCAGCCCCCGCUGCCACGUGGCAUGUUUUUCCAGACAAUGCGGCACAACUCUGCGACAACAACACCCUCUCAGCCAAUCAGCGCCCUGUGUCCUUAAUUACUCCCUGCCACCUGCUACCAUCCUCAGACAUCACGUCACCUCCUUUGGGACAACAUCGACCAGCCAAUCAGCGCCCCGUGUCCUUAUUUGCUCCCACUGUACGCCGCGUGCGCGCACACCGACUUCAGCAUGUGACGUGUAUCUCAGGCAUUACACUUCCAUGAAAAACUCUAUUUCAAUGAAAUAGAUUGACAUAUGAUUGACUCCAGCAUCUCACUGUAGAAUUUAUAAAUAUGAAUUAUGACGUAGGAAAGAAACGGUGUAUUGUAAUAUGAUUGUACCCAUGUGCACCUUUCUUUGCUCUCAUCACUCUGCAUUAAGGUUCCAGGUAGAACUCUCCACAAUAGCACAAGUCGCAAGCUUCUCUCUACACCAAGGACCAGGACCGUUCCUGCCUGACGUGAUUUCUCCACCGUUUGGAACAGCAUCCCACUUCACAUUCGUAACAUUCCAUCAACACCGACUUUUAAGAGACAGUUAAAGGCCCCACUUCACUUGUCUGGCAUUCGAGUGACAUUGAGCUUGACUCGGCACCUCAGAGUUUUGGUCAUUUAUGUAUGUGAAAUAUUGUGUUACAAAUAUCACAAUUGUUAUUAUCAAAAAAUGUUGUUAUAACGAAAUGAAAUGUUACAUACCUUGCUUACAUUUUUUUGGGACUGGGUUUAAUGGCAGUGUUCAUUUUCUAAUAUUUCGUAGUUGUGGUGUAAAAGGCAGAGUGAAGGACACAUCAUGAAUAAAAUACUCAUGAAACAUUAAUGUUUUUAAGAUUAGUCACACAAAUCAAAUAAAUGUACUAUAUAUACUGUUAUUUCAAAUUUAGUUGAAACAUCCAAAGUCAUAGAAACAAGUCACGUGUUAUUUCCAGAGCAGCA